AUGUCUUCAGUACAUCUCUUUGCGGUACGUUAUCCAAGUCUCGACGCAACCGGUUGCGCCACCGCCCAUCAAAUACGAGCCGCCCGUCUGUCUCUUCGUUCGUUCGUUCGUUCGUUGCCAAGCAGGACCACUUCCGUGGAUGGCCACGCCCACUCGGCUAUUUGCACAGGUUCCCGCCGACGACUCUUCUUGUUUUGCCUUUUUCUUUCAUAACUCUUAUGUCACUUUUUUUCAUUUUCGCCUAAAUUAUGCACUUUUCAGCGGGUUUCAGCGAGAAAAAUGGCGACCGAAUUUCAACAACAGCUUGCCGCCGGAGGCUUGUGCAACGCAGAAUCGAUAAAGGCGUUCAACCAAAUGUACAAUACACCCGGAUUCUAUGAUAAGGUUUGAAAGUUUUUGAAAAGAGGAAAAUAAUUUAAAAUUCCAGAACAUUCAGCAAACGUACCCAAUGUUCCCGUUCAUGCCGCACUUUGCCACCUACCCGACCACCGGCACUUCUUCGUUUUCUCCCUCCGCAUCGUCCACGUCGUCAACGUCUUCCACAACGAAUCCGUCAAAGAAGAAGCCGGUUCCGGUGCCCGAGAAGGAUAAAGACAACGUAGGAUUCACUCUAGUUUCGAAAUAACCCUCUAAUUAUUAUCAGACCUAUUACGAGCGCCGCCGACGGAACAACGAGGCCGCCCGGAAGUCGCGGGAGCAGCGGCGGAAGCAGGAUUUGGACAACGAGGUGAAAGUACGCCAUCUCAUGGAUGUAAGCGAACUUUUUUUCAAGUUUGGACGGUCAGAAGUUGUAUUACACGCUCUAGAACGUGUUAUUCAAGAAAAUAUAUCUCAUCUGCUGGUAGAUUCAUCAAAAAGUUGUCAACUACACGGUCUCCAGAGCUGACAAUGGGCGCAAGUGCGCCCCGCCCAAUAGAGCGUAGAACAUUGGCGCGAAAUUCAAAUUUUAACAGCAAAAUUUGUGUUUUUUGCCAAAUUAGCCACGAAAAACCGAUAAUUUCUCAUUUGUCCCUCGAUAGACCGAUUGUAUAGGCUAUUACGAAUUUUUUAAGCGCAAGAGCGUUAAAUUUGGUCAAGUCGCAAAUCGCAUUUAUCCGUUUGAAGGUUUUUGGCUAAAACUGCGUGAAUUUCAGUUGCUUUUCGGUAGUUUUCGCUAUUCGAGCGCUCAAAAUGCUUGUAGUUACGUGAUUUAUCAUUCUCAAAACCAAUUCUGUCGGAAAACGGUCGAGAAAGCGCAAAAUGAGAAGUGCGGUUUUUAGGCGGCGAUCGGCGGCGAAGGCGAAAAAGCAAAUUCCGCGAAAAAUGCUCCAAAACGUCAUUAAUUCUGAGAAUUAGUGCGUUUUCAUGCCGAACAAUCAUUUUUCAUCGCCGUUGACCACAAAAAUCAGAGAAAACCUGCUCAAUUCAUGAAAACGCCAUUUGACCGAGGCCACGCCCAUAUUGUCAACUCUGGAGACCGUGUAACUGAUGAAAUGUUCAUUGAGAAAUUGUGCAUAUUUUAUCAGUUGACCACUUUUUUAUAUCUCAACCGACAACUGAAAUAGACCGCUUGGAAGAAACGGACCGUCCAUAGACAGUUUUUACGGGUUCCUGCUGCGCGUUUAAGCUAACCUACAGUAACCAAAAUGUUCAAAUUGUACGGUGGAGCGUGUACGCCCACGCAACUCGCUAAUCCUUUAAUUCGGCAGCCCGACAAACGGUUCGAAAAGAGUUGCAUCAGAGUUUCGGCAAAAACGAGACCGGCUGAGCGAUAAUUGAUGACGUCAUCAGUUAAUAGUAUCAUAAGUACAUGUGUUGUCGGUCUCGACACGAAAAUUUGAUUUUCAGGAAAACGCGAAGCUCCUCGCGUUUGUGCAUCAAUUGACAAUGGAGAACAACAAUAUGAAGUAUCAGCUGGCGCAGCAGUCGAUGCAAUUAUCGCAAGUCAAUUCGGUCGAUCAGACUCAUGUUAACAUUCCCACUUUUUAA